GGGAGGGAGCAGGUGGAGCGGGAGGGAAGGGAGAGCAGCGGCGGGGGGCGGAGUCUGCAAACUUUCGCUUCGAGGGCAUUGUGGGAAGCAGCCAUGGUCUGAUGCGGGCGCCUCACCUGUCAGCCGCGCCGGCUCCAGCGCUCGCGUCUCGUCCUCGCGUCCCCCGCGCUCGUCCCUCACCGGCCGGGGACGGCGGCGGCCCAGCCACCAUGGUGAGUGCGGGAGAGCUGGGCGGCGGCGCGGACCCCAGCGGGUGUGUGAGGGCGCCCUCCCCAAGCACCUGCACCGCCGGGCCGGGCGCGAGGCCGAUACAUUUCAUAUUGCUCUUCAGUCGACAAGGGAAGUUACGGCUGCAGAAAUGGUACACUACUCUCCCUGACAAGGAAAGGAAAAAGAUCACGCGCGAAAUUGUUCAGAUUAUUCUUUCCCGUGGUCAGAGAACAAGCAGUUUUGUUGACUGGAAGGAGCUAAAACUUGUUUAUAAAAGGUAUGCUAGUUUAUAUUUUUGCUGUGCAGUAGAAAAUCAGGACAAUGAGCUCUUGACCCUAGAGAUUGUGCAUCGUUAUGUGGAGUUGCUGGACAAAUACUUUGGAAAUGUCUGUGAGCUAGAUAUUAUCUUUAAUUUUGAAAAGGCUUACUUUAUCCUGGAUGAGUUUAUCAUCGGUGGAGAAAUUCAGGAAACAUCCAAGAAAUCUGCUGUCAAAGCCAUUGAGGACUCUGAUAUGUUACAGGAGACAAUGGAAGAAUACAUGAACAAGCCUACCUUUUAACCAUACAUCUACUUGAAAACUACAAGUGCUACGUGUUAUGAACCUGUAAAUAAAGCAGUGCCUUGAAUUUAGUUAGAAGACAGAGCCUCUGGCACCAUGCCAAAAAUAGCUUAAAAGGGAUUUUUUGUUCACUAGCAAAAAUUAAAGUUGUUUGACAUAAUAUAUUUAUCAUUAUUCAUAUCUGUAUUAUACUGUAUAUGACUGCUUGGAUGUUAAAAAACUGCUUCAUAGUUCAAUAGACUGAAUGUUUGCAGUGCUUUAACUCCAUGUCAUAUUUUUGAGUGAAUUUAAAUAAAUUUGUGACAGACUGUUUUGUUGCAUUUGAUCUUCUUCUGACAGGAUGAAAACUGUAUUAUAAUCCAUGAUUUUAAGUGUAAAGUAUAUCUUGUAAUACUUUUUCUAAAUGUUUAGCUUUUUAAAUUGUGUAGUGAUUCACAUGUUAAUAGUUCAGAGUUUAUACAUGAUGUUAGACAUUUUUAAUACACUUAAUGCUGUCACUUCAAUCCAGAUACAGAGUAUCUGAUUUUGAUGUCCUGAAGUCAUGAAUUUUUCAGGGCUGGAAUUAAGGAAAAUAACCAAAGAUAGUAUAGGACUUAAGUGCUUUUGCUAUUCUUGUUUUAAAUUUUACUUUAUUUUUAAUUGGAAGAUAAUGACUGAACUUAAAUGUUUUUGAUGCCUUAGAAGCUGCUAUCUAGGCGAGGUUUUAUUUUACCUUUUAAUUGAAUAUGAGGGGCAUUCCAAUAAGGUUGUGUUUUCUACAAGCUCUAGGUAUUUAUUAAGAUUUUGAUACAUCUGAAAAUAAAGUGUCUAUAACUUCCCUUAUAAAUAGUGUAAUAAAGAUUAAUAACAGUAGCAAUAAUAGUUAUUAAUACUGCUAUUUUAAUUAUCUUUUAUGUUACAAGUACCCUUAGUUGCUUGAGAUAUUUUUGUUUCCAGUAUGUUUUCAUGUAUAUCUAAUAUAUUUGAAGACUUACUGUUUAUUAGGCUUGCUUGGAACAUUGAAUAUUAUUGUUGCCUGAGUAGUAUGUGACUUUCUCCUUUUUCUUUCCUCAUCUCCCAAAGGAAGUAUUUGCUGCUGCCUAUUAUUAUUGUGACUAUGUCACACUCAUGCUUCCUGAAAUGAAAGUUCUAUAUAACCAGGUAAUAAAAGUGAUCAGACCCUCCAGGGAGAACUAACUUCUACUGUUCUGUCUUGGUGCCCUGUUUUGAUGUCUUACCUGUGCAUUUUCAGUGUCCGUUUGAGGUCAGAUAUCAUCAUGUUGCAGUGGUUAGGGACACUCUAGAGUUCUUCCUAAGAGAAUAGUGUGCUUGCUGUUGGAGAAUCCAACAUGAGAGAAAAAUGUCCUCUUUAACUGAUCUUGCCAGACAUACUUAGGGUAAAAUGGCUGGAGAAGAGUGGAAGAACAUGAGUAAAAAUAGAGCAACUCCAAAAUAGAACCAUCAUAAAAAAGAAAUAACUCAGAUUAGUCUAUGAAGAAAUUAUAAGACUUUUAAUAUCUGACACUUCCUCAGCUUAAUCAUGUAUUUACAAGUAGGGCAUCAGAUUGAAGUUUGUCAUUUUUCACCACUUUUGGAUGAAGGUAUUGAUUGAACCUCAUUCUCAAAUGUAACACAUAUACUGGAGAAUUCUAUAUUAGACACUGUCUGACUGUAGAUGGGCCUCCUCAAACUUCAUGUCUGCAGCACACACGGAACAUGAACAUAACGAUAUGGCACUCUGGGGUAAAUCCGAGGGAUCCUGGGUACGUCUUACAUGGACCUUGGUGAAAAUAAUCGUGUUUUCUUCAUAUCAUUUAAUGUAAUAAAACUACUAAGGGAAAGGAAAGAUAAUAAAUAUUAAACUUGUAUAAAACUUCCAAAUAAAAUUUUUUUAAGUUUUUUAA